CAUUACGGUAAACCGAACACUCCCUCUGAGAUAUAUUCCGCACUCCCGACUCAUGCAACAGUUCGCGCAAGUUGGAGUAAAUUAAAUCAGUCGUCUUAACUCGUUACUCUGAUUUAAAACAUAGUGCUGUUCGGGUUCUUCAGGAGGAUACAAUGGUGGGCAGGUGAGAUGGCAUCCAAGCUCUUGGACAGACUCCGGCGCACGCUGUUCAAGGAGGGUGCGAUCCCUGCUGACCUAGAAAGCAAUGAGGACUUUCCAGAAAGUUCCGAGCUGGAGGAUGACACAGAGUAUGUGUCGGCGCGGCUGGGAGGAACGCUCAGCUUCGAGGCUGAGAGGGCGCUGGAUUCUGAGGACCCAGGCGAGACCUCGGGGGUGGACAGCGACUCAGAUUUUUUUGCAGAAUCGCUGGAGAACGGGUCCUGCAGCACAGAUGCCAGUCCAGUCGGCCUACCAUCUGGAGGGACAUCCUUGCUGACCAGGCAGCUGCAGGAGAGCUGGCGCAGCUUGCGUUCCCGCAGCCUCCCAGAGAAGCUGGUGUUUGAGGUGACCGACGCCAGUGUGGUGCAGGAGGGCACUUCUAAAUACGUGCUCUACACCAUCCACGUGAUCCAGUCGGGGACCUUCGACAAGACGCCGGCGGUGAUCGCACGACGCUACACUGAUUUUGCACGGCUCCACAGGCGCCUGCGUCGCCAUCACGGAGAGGAGAUGGAAGGCGUGUGCUUCCCCCGCAAGAAGCUGCGGAGGAACUUUGUGGCUGAGACCAUCGCUAAGCGCAGCCGGGCCUUCGAGCAGUACCUAGCGCACCUGCAUUCCCUGCCAGACCUGCGGCAGUCCCCCAUUUUCCUCCAGUUCUUCUACCUGGGUGACCUGCGGGCAGGCCAGAUGCUGCUGCGGGCGGGCCAGUACAGAGAAGCCUUAGGCACCUUGCAGAAUGCACUCCGGCUUCAGGAGAAGUUGGGGUGCCAGCAGCAGCAAGAUCCGCAGCAACGGACCCACUGGAUCUUCAACUUGUUGGCACUGGUGGCCUGUUUCCAGGAGCUGGAGCAGCUGGGUGAGGCCCAGGAGCACUGCGACCGUGCCCUGCAGGACCUCACCCCAUCCCAAGAUGCCCUGCAGCAGCAGCAGUUCCACCCUCUGCUCAUCCCACUUCUCCAGGCUAACGUCAGGCUGUCUUGGAAGAUCUCCAAGGACAAGCGUCGGUGGGAAGCCCUUUUGCAGGAGCUCCAGGACCGCGGGGUAGACGUAGUAAACCAGCCAAGCUUGAAAGAGUACCUCACAAAGGAAGAGCUGGAGGGUGGUGAGGGGGAGGCUAAACACAGAGCUAGAGACGACACCAUCUAAAAUACUUACCCAGGUGUUCAGAAUUAGUUAAGCAUCCAGAUAUAUGCCAGAGCACUACAGGAACGUACACAAGCACAGUGCUGCUCUUCUGCUUCACGUAGGCACCUGCUAAGAUGCUAAGAAGCCACUUCAUGUUGCUGUAGAGCACAGCUGAAGAGGAAGCACUUUUGAUAUAUCUCUUCAUUCUUUAUGAACUUUCCUCUUAGACUUUUGCAAAUGACACUACUCCAUUGAUGUACAUUUUGCGUAGGUAAAUUAUGUAGCAAAAUGUAGCGGAGCCUGUUACAGUUCUGUGUUCACAGCUAAUGUUCUGAUUUUCUUUCCUGGGUCAUAUUUGAUGAAGGGAUAUGUUACAGAAUAUAAAGGGAAAUAUAUGUGGGUAAAGCCACUCGCAAAACUAAUGAAAUUAAAGGAAGGUGUUUUUAGAAUUUUUAUUUUUUGGUUGUGUGCCCUGUGAUGGGCAUGACAUCCCAUUCAGGGUGUAUCCCAGCCAUGUGCUCCAGGAUUGAUUUUUUUUUUUCCCCCCACACAAUGCUGGGAUGGUUUUAAAGUGCUAGUGAACUUUUGCUCCAAAGGUCAUUCAGUUUUGAUGUACUCUACACAAGUACUAGUGUCCUUGGUGGAAAUUUUAGUAUGAUUUUUCAAAUGGUUUUGGCAUUUAACUUGUCUGAUAGUUUUGAUUAGGGACAGCUGAACUGUAAUAGUAAAUCUACUGUUAAGUAGUGCAGACGUCUAAGUUGGGAUUGGUUAAGUAUACUAGGUUCCAAUAGGAAUUUACAUUUUUUUUCAAGUAGAUUUUGAUUUCAAAAAGGCUGUACUGUUUACUAGCUUUCUAUUUGAUGAAUAAUUUUACUUUUAAGAAUAUCGUUUGAGAAUUGCGUCACAGUCUUGAACCCCGAUCUGGCAGUCACUCACCUCUGCACAUAAUAUGGCUUUCUGAGGUACUCUGAAAACAUGGCUGUGCAUUUCAGUUAAUAGAAUACAGUCCGUUUGCACUGUUUGCUGUGAACCUGACUAGCAUUUAGAAAAACUGCUGCUACUCAUUUUAUUACACAUGCUCUAGAGUGAAAGUCUUUGCACAAGUAUAAAAGUGUCGUGCUCAUUUGCACUUCUGGCAUUGGUGUGGGUUUUUUUUGGGUGGGUGGGUUAGGUGACUGAAUUUUCAGUAGCUGAUGGAGUUCUAUGCUAUUCUGAUUUUUGCUGUUUUGUGUUACAUUUUUAAAGGUGUUAUUUAGUACUUUUGUAGGUAUGAUAUCAGUGCUGCAUUCAUGUUUGUAUCACGCAUUCUACUCCUUCAUUGCACAUUCAGUAGUCACUAGGAACGGUUUGUCGUGUGGGCUUCCAUGUCAUACGCAAUGGGGCUUAUAUUUGCAUUUUCCCUCCAUCUUGUUAAAGGAUAUGAAAAUAAGCUGUUCAGCUGACGUGGAAAUAGUUUAUCAACAUGGCAUUAGAAAAAAUACUGGCAUUAAGUUAGCGGAAGCUUGUUAUUGGUUUCCUUGCUGUAGUGCCUUUGCUCCUUCUACAUCUCCGUCUUUAAUGAAUGUGAUCUUAAUUUUUGUGAACACUCAGUUUUAGAUAGGGUGCAAAAGUUUUACAAACCUAUAACAUUUGCAGUAUUUUUCUACAUGUAUUGUUUAUGGCUUUACCCUUUAGAGCUUCAGAGUGGUUUGAAUUAUAUUUCAAUAAACUGUUUUAAAAAAUA